GCAUCGUCACAGCGUCAGCUGCGUGGUACAUACGUGGUCUGCAAAGUCACGAGUCGAGUCUGAACACACCGAGCGAAUCGAAGCAACGGUCUCUGUAGUAGCGGCGGACGUGCGCUAGUGUCGGCAUCGGUGCUGUGCUCGGCUCGGCUCGGCUCGGUCCCUUUUAACGUAUCUCUUCUCCCAACUUUUGAGAGCUUAAGGUGGAAAAUCGAUUUCUAUCGGCUAGUGGAUAACGGUAAAAGGGGACAGGAGCCAACAGCUAAUUAUUUCGGAUAUGAGCUCUUCGACAUACGUCGGAAAUCCGGAUAUAAUGAUUGCAGGCCCGCCUCCACCACCGCCUCCUCCACCUCCUAUGUCUGGUCAACUACCAUCUAUGAGAAUAAAUACUACAGAGAAUACGGCAGCAAAGAAAGCACAGAUGGUUAAUAACGACAUUUACGAGCCGCCAGCAGCCAUUCAGAAUGCGAUGUUGACCAAGGAUAAGAAACCAUUUACCUACACCCCAGGUAUGGGUGGUAAAUUAGAUCUGUCGCAGAUUCGUAGCCCGCGCAUGGCGAGAAGAGUUGCGAAAAAUGCCAACGACGAAGGUAUAGAGGGGCCGCCGAAACUUGCUGUCGAAACGAAACCGUCGGUUGCGGCUUCUACCGCGGCGAAUUUUUUGAUACAACCGCAAGUCGCAGUACCAGUUUUUCCUUCCAAUGUACCAACUCAGGCCCACGUUAAUAGGAUGCCAUCUUCUCAGCUCGUCAAUAGGACACCGUCGAAUGUCGCGGACAAGCAGGCCGAACCACCGAAGAACGUUGUUACAAAGAUAGAUACGAAAGCAGUGCCGAUUACAACUCCCGAAAGUCCGAAUACACCGACUCAAGUUACCUUGUUCAAGGCUCCUACGCCCUGGCUGCAAAAUAAGAACAAGCCUCAGGAGGAAUUACCCGAAUGGGCGAAACGCGCAUGUAUCAAUAAAGCAGUUGGCAGUGGCCCAUCGGAAAGCGACUCGGUCUCUCCGACAGCUUAUGUUCAGGUCCAGCAGCAAUCGCCCCAGCAACAUUCGGAAACGAAACAAGAGCAAGAACAAUAUCCGAUCCCGCAGUGUCAACAGGCAAAAUCCCAGCAGCUCUCCCGACGAUCGCAACAACAGAGGCAAAAUGUCGUUUCCGCAACGCCCCAACAAAUUAAUCCGCAAUCACAUCAGCACGAACGUGUUAUACCCAUUCGAAUCGAGGAUAGACCAUCGGUGUUUGACGUGAAAUGUGAUUCCGGUCAUCAUCAAUUUAAACAACAACCUCCAACUUUGCAUCAUCAACAGCGAUGGGGUCAGAUGCCUAAUCAAUGUAUGUUGGACAAUCAAGCGCAAAAUCGUCCACAAGAUCAAGAGCAGUCUCAAAUUCGCACUACAACUUUGCCUCGACCGGAACAGUCAGUCGGAACAACUUACAUCAUCCCUGUCGUAGUGAAAGAUAACGAUAAAAAAACGGCGUCGCCUAAUGCCGAAAAUAACACGAUCGAAAAGACUAGAAUUAUGCAACAGCAGAAUCCCAACCCGAUUCAACAGCACGAUUCUGGUCCAGUUCAAUCACGAUCAUUUCGUGUUCUUCAAAAAAUUACGGACACGGAUGCAAUCAACGAUGUGGGUACGGAACAAAUACGUAAAUUGGAGUUGAGUGAAGAUGAGAAGCUACUUAUGAAUAAAUUUAAAGAGCAAGUCGAUCACGAAACUUACCUUCAUCAAGAGGAAGAUCCGAGAUAUCGUGGUGCAGCAAUACCUUCACGAGCUUUCCGUUUUUUACAAAAUAUGACAGAUUCGAGUGAUGCCACAGUUACUUGCGCAACGCCACGUAAUAUACAAAAUGUUGCAAACAAGAAGCAAAAUAGAAAUUCAAAAUUGUUUGAAGAGAAACAGGCAAACUUACCGGCCAGUGAACAACAAGUGCAAGAACCGAAGAAGUACAUGGGCAGUGCAAUUCCUUCUCGAUCCUUUAGGAUAUUACAAGCGAUGACAGCACCAGAAAGUAACACCACGCAAGAAAAUCGUCAAGCAGAUUACAUCUACCAAACAGAGAAUAAUUUGCCGGGCAAUCAGCAGGGUGUAUUUCUUCCUCUUCAACCUGUUCCUUUCUGGUAUUCCGAGGGUUGGUGGGGCUGUUAUCCUAUGCAGUGUAACGCUGCUAUAUCCAACGAGAUCGCGAAUGAAACGGACAGACCCUCCUUUCCCUUUCACGCGUAUCCGAAUGGAAGGACUUACAUUGGAUCCUUUUAUCCAGUUUAUAAUAAAAACUUUACGGACGCGAUGACACGAGUAGAAGUUACCGAUCGAGAAAAUUCUUCAGGCGAAUAUACUGGUUACGCGACCGUAAUUUACCCUCAAGCAGGCUACAAUAAUAAUAACGUUCAACCUACAUCGCACGUCGAUGAAAACAAAUGUAAUUAUAUUCACGAUCGUUUUACCGCUGCCGAUUCAUUUUUCGCUCAAAGCAAUAAAUUAGAUUUUGUGCAAAAUUCCACGGUUAAUGAAGCAAAAAGUACAGUUUUAUCCGACAAUAUUAAUCAUUUGGAUGCACAAUCGAACGAGACGUACAAUCCCAAAAGUAUCGGCGAAGAGUCCAAUAGUAAUAGAGAAAAAAAUAAUUGCAUUACCACGGCGAUGAAUAUAAUCGACGACGAAGAGGACAGCAUAUCCGACAAUGUUGUAGUUACUAAUAAUAUUGACCUGUCGAAAAAGAAAACAUUCGGCCCUUAUAUCAACGUGCCAAAUUAUACUUACGUAGAUACCAGCGAUUCUAGCGCUUCUAGCGAUUCUAACGAUUCCAGUGACUCUAGCGAUAGAGAUUCUACAUCGUCGAACAACGAACAACUUUUGGAUUCUUGUCAGAAAAAUUACAGCAACGACGCCACCUUCAAUAAUACGUCAUCGUCCGCGAGCGAUUCGGAUUCGUAUGUAGCUUAUUCCACAUGCGUGAAUCCUUAUAAGAAGUUGGAGAAAGCGCCGCGCAAUUUCUCUUUGAAUGAGAAUUGCACCGACGUCAUUGCCGCAUGCUCGACUAGCGCUAAUGCAGAUAUAGAUAAUGCUCGAUAUAGACGCUCGCGAGACUUGUCCGAAAAUCGUCAUACGACUUCGUUUCAGCAGGAUAUUUGCAGGCGUAUCGCGAGCGAGAGAUGUAACGAUGAGAAUUCAACCAAUGAUCUCGACUCUUAUUCCGAUAAGAGCAUCGGUGAUCACCAGUCGAGCCAUCAAGAUGGUCGGAAGGAUCCGGCGAUCGACAGCGCCGUUUCUCAUCCUCGGUUAGGCGUUAAUCAUGAGGAUCAAAUUCAACCGGACCCGGAGAGUUGUUAUUGUAAAGAAGAUGUCGGAGAUGCUUUCUUCGAAGCGACCGACGAUCCUCCCGACAUCGAGAAUACGAUGGUCAGCGUGAGUCUGCCUCUGAGAUUCAGAUUUUCCGUGUCCGAGGACAACGAGGACAUUACCACUGUUAUUGUCGGUGACAGCACGAUAAAGGCGGAAAAGUCCUGCGACGAGCACUUUUCGAUGACGAGGGAUGACGUUCGCGUCAAUUUCCAUGUCGGCAACGAUACUAGCGUAGAUUUUACGAUAAAGGCGCAUCUUUCCGAUGAGGCACGGAGUAUCGAGAACGUGAUACCGCGCGUGGAUUUCACAUUAAGAAGAGAUCCAACGGGAGUCGGCGAAAUUAAUGGCGAAGAACGGAGGACAGGUACCGAGACGGAGCUCGUAGAAAUGGGACACGCGGAGUGCGGGAUAAAGCAUUCCGCGGAACUAGCAUCGAGAGACAUCGACGAGGACGACGUGGAUGCUGUUUACAAAUUAGUCGCUACGCAAGAUAAUUUAUUAAGCGACGAAAAGUGUGACGCUCAAAUAGAAUCCGCUUGUUGCGAAAGUAAUGCCGAAGGUACCGCUUUCGGCAGAAUUGCCGAACCGAAACUUACCGUACUCGAAUACUCUUCGAUGCGAGACGAUCUCCAGAUUGUCGAUGCGCACGAAACGGAAAACCUGCGGAGAAACUGCGUAACGACGUGCCUAACGGACGACAAGUAUAUCGAUGAAAAUUUCGGUCGGAUAGAAAACGUAAAGCGCCCGCCGAAGGUCCAAGAGGACACCGACGAUGAGGACAGCGGAGUUACCUCCGAUAUAAGUCGCUUGAUAUCCGAAGCUGACACAGACUCGGAAUGUACUUGCUCGAAGAAUGCAAAAAAGUAUCAACGAACGCAGACGCAUUCGCGACUUUUUCGGCUUUUGAACGAUGAUUCCAUUUUAUCCGGUCACCCCAGGACGGAUCCCUCCAGAAAGGAAUAUCUCAGCCUGCCGCUCGAGACAAACGUUUCCAACUACGACGACAAUUACUGUUCCAAUUAUUCCAGUGGUUUAACCUCUCCCGAAUAUUCGCCCGUUUACGAGCAGUCUUGGCGAAAAUUUCACGAAGAUGCAAGUACGACGAUUACAGGUAGUUCGGCAAACGUUGAAAUCGAUCGUCUUGCGAGUCGGCAAGAACGGAUCCCUUCGAAAGACGAUCCGUAUUUCCGAAUUUGGAAGAGCCCGAAAUUAUUUGGUUUGCGCGAGCAUAAUGUUGUACCUUCCCUAGCUUUCAAGACACUCGACAGCAAGAUACCCUCUUGGGCCUACAAGGUGAAUGUACUGUGUCCGAGAAUCAAGAGUACGAAGAGCGUGCCGCAAACUCUGCUAGCACGACACAAUGACGAGACUUGCGAUCCAUCGCGGAUGGUUCCUCCUAUCCCAACAUCCUGCACGAACUCUAAAACCAAUUAUUGCUGACGGCCCAGGAUGGAAUGAGGCCAUAUGUUUGCUCCGCUGCCGCGAGCAACUGCUCUUCACAUCUACGGACAUACUUUUCUCUCAAUUUUCUUCGCAAGACAGUGUUGGGUAUGCCCGAGAUGCUCUACGGGCUAAGUGAUUUUUUUUCUAUCGGUCCCGAUGCAACUGAUUACUGAGAGAGGACGAGUGUGAAAUCCUCCUUAGGAUUCUCCAAGACCGAGAUUGUUAGUGUGCUUUUUUCUAUUUUGUUUACAAAAUAAUCCUUAUAAUAUGCUUGUUUACGUCGCGUUUCUCCAGCAAAAAAUUAACCAAAGACUUUCUUCAAAGAGAAUAGCAGAGAUGAAUUAUUUGAUAUUAUAUACAUAUAUCAAUUUGUGAAAGAUUCUUUAGGAUACACUGCCGUGAUAAAUAUUACGUUAAUUCUGUUUCAAAACUUUUCAUCCUGUCCACAUUUUGGAUUUUGAUGUCAGAUCAAUCUGUGUAUCAAUGAGAUUCCAUCUCAUAGAUUUUUCGAUGAUAAGUUGAUCAUUAUUUUUUAAUCGUUAUUAGAAACAAUAAAUAUUGAUAAAAUUUUUUUACUUUGACUUUUAAAUUUGCUUUUCAAGUUUUAGUCAAUUCUAAACAAGAAAUUGUAUAUUUUUCAAAAUGUCUUAAAUAAUUCCAAAGAAGAAACUUGAAUAAUAUAUUAUAUUAGGAUACAUAUAUACAUAUAUUGGGAGAUUGGCUGCCUCGUAUGUCGCACCGCAACGUAGACAUUGUACUACGUGAGCAGAUGCAUGUGAUUUAUUUAUUUAAGACCAAUGAAAUUGUUAUAUCGAAAUUGUAAUAACACUCUUCUUAAGAAUAUUAAUCAUUAUUUGAAAAUAUAUGUGUAAAUAUACACACACAUUAUUAAUCCUAUUACUUAAAUUUGUAAAUCCACCUAUCCAAAUUGUAAAAUAUAUUAUUAUUUGUAAAAUUGACGCUGAAAUUGAUGCUAAUGGAGAUUGUCUAAUCAUCUAUCAUCAGAAAGAUAUAUAAUAUAACG